UGUUAAGCAACAACAACAGUGUCUGCAUUUCAUCUUAUUGACGUAGACAAUUUCUUUAAUUGCAAUAACUAUUUGUGUUUACAUUUUCAAGAAAAAAUACAGACAGCGCAAAAUGAGUGUAUCUAAUGAGGAUUCUAAAAAUGAGGACCGAAUACAGAAACGUGUCAAUAAAAUACUUGAAACGAGAUUGGAAGCUGAUAAAGACACAUUGGACGCUCUAGGUAACCUCUCCAACUUCUUUACGGAAAAUACUUUGCAAAAUCGACGUAACCUACGCAGCCAAAUAGAACGUCGAACGGUCGGUAUAAAUGAUAAUUUCCUCGAAGCAUUUCGUAAAGUGAAAAAUACACUCGAUGCUGUGUGCGAGGACUUAGAUACCAUGGCGAAAUCGGUAAAGACAAUGAAAUCGAAUUUGGAAUCUUCAAAAGCCUUAACUCAUGACUUAAUUACACAAACGAAUUCUUUGGAAACUGAACGUGAACGUCUGGAAGUGGACCAACAAAUAGCUGAAGCUUUUUUGGCACGCUUCCAACUUACCGUACCAGAACAUCAAAUUUUAUAUGGGACCACAAAAGAUGCUCAAAUUGUGCCCGAGUUCUUCACUGUACUUAAUCGUGUACAGAGUAUUCAUGCGGACUGUCGUGUUUUAAUGCAAUGUGGAUAUCAAACUGCCGCCCUGGAAAUAAUGGAAGAAAUGACACUGCAUCAGGAAGGCGCCUUCGAACGACUCUAUCGAUGGACACAAAAUCACUGUCGAAAUUUGGAAAAUAACGAAAUUGGUCCGUUAGUCAUUGAAGCAAUGAGUAGACUGCAAGAUCGGCCGGUGUUAUUCAAGUAUGUAAUUGAUGAGUACGCCAUAGUGCGACGAGGUGUAUUGGUGCGUCUUUUUAUUGAAGCACUCACAGAAGGAGGCGCCCAUGGCAAUCCAAAGCCUAUUGAAAUGCAUGCGCAUGAUCCGAAACGUUAUAUCGGUGAUAUGUUUGCCUGGUUGCAUCAAGCGAUACCGAGUGAAAAGGAAAAUUUGUCUAUGCUACUAAAGAAGUGCGAUAAAAAUGAUUUGUCAGAUCAAACACAGACUGCACUGGCCUAUAUAGCCGAUGGUGUUUGUCAUCCUUUGAAAGUACGUGUGGAAACUAUAUUGACUUCGGAAAAGGACACUAUCGUUUUAUUUGCAAUAUCAAAUUUACUACGAUUUUACCAGCAAAUUAUAAAACAGGUCGUCAAAGGCGGCACACUUGAACAGACCCUUAUUGAUUUGCAAAAGACCAGUGAAGAGAUUUACUUGAAUUCACUUGCCAAUCAAGUACGCAGUAUAUUGCAACGCCCAGCCAGCGCUAGCUUAGGCAUCGAACCGCCGCAGCGUGACUUGGUGCCACCAACGAGCGUAGGACGACUUUUAAAUAUGCUCAAAGAAAUACUAUCAGUGGCAACAAUGGUCGAUGGACGCCAAGCGGAUAUUACAAAGAUUGUCUCCUGCGUAAUCGAUCCCCUAUUGCAAUCCGUACAAGAGUCGGCGUCACAUUUACCCAUUAUCGAUAUGGCAGUAUAUCUACUAAAUUGUUUCUAUCAUAUGCAAAGCUCCCUGGCUGUCUACGAAUACAUGGACGAACGAGUUGAACGCCUACAAGCACAAUCCGAUGCACAAAUCGACACACUCAUAUCGGAGCAAGCAUCGUCGUUGGUGGCUAAUCUUAAUUUGGGGCCCAUCUAUACUAUAUUACAAAAUAAUCAAACGAAAAUUGAGGCAAAUCUGUUGAAAAUCUUCAUGAAUAAAAUGGAUGCAUUUUUGGAAAUGCCAGAGAUUUUGCUACUACCGCAGGUGCAAUUGCUAAUGUCCAGCGCACAUCGCAAUGCUGUGCAGAAGCGUGCUUUCAACGUUAUCGUUGCUAUAUAUAAACAAAUAUACGAACGUGUACACGAUCCGGCGAAUGGGUUUGAGCAACCAGAGGCUGUUUUUAACAAAACACCAGAGCAAGUUAGCAAAAUAUUGGCUGUUUAAGUGAAGUUAUCUAUGGUAUUUUAGCGUUAUUCUACUUACUGUCUAAAAAAUUAUACAGUAACAUAUAUUCAUACAUAAAUGGUAAAUAAUUUGUAGAGUGGAAUUUUUCACGUAUUACAUUCCGUAAUCUGCGAUUUUUGUUUUUAUUUUUGCAGUCAGUCAUUCAAAGUUAAACACAAGCGUCUUUUCGCUUUCAAUUACUUGCAAUCGCACAUGAGUUUGUACAAACAUCCAUAUUAUAUGUAUAUAUAUAUAUAUAUAUAUAUAUGUGGAUAACUACAAUAACAAUGCAUAAAUACGCCGACUGUAAAUAAUACACGCCUUCAUAUCGCUCACAUUAAGAUUGAGUCAAACGGUUACUAAUUUCUUAUUCAAAUCUUUUAUUUUAUUUUUUUUUUUUUACUAGGCAAAAUCACUGUUAUUGUGUUUAUUUUAUGGAUGAUGUGCACAACAAUAGUGCAAAUGAGAAUUGAAUAACGAAACGAAAGAAUUGAAAGGCGAACGCAAAAGAGCUGGCGUGAACUAAGGAGGCUGUGUACAUUAGACGGAUACUAAACUGUUAGUAUGUUUGGCACUUUGUCAGCUGUCGUCGGUUUAAAGCGCGCUCCACAAAUUUGUUCGAUUUCUCGAAGUGCUCUUAUCACACGCAAAGAAAAAGUUGAUAUCAACAAAAAAAAAAAAAGUAUAGAAACUGAGGGGAAGGAAUUUUUUUGUAUUUGUAAUUUUCUCACCCAAAAAAUAUUCAUUUUUAUGUACUCGUACUACCCAGUGAACGAUUGCGCAAAUUUAAUUGGGUUUUGCUGAUUUUGUAUGUUUUACAUAUCUCUUAACGGAUAUCUUGUUUUGCGCGAUAAAAGAGGAAAUGUGUUUAUGAAGAUUGUUUAUACACGAAUAAAAAUCGGAUUGCGUAUGAGGAAUGUGUGAUUGUAUGAUAGAGCAACGUGCCUGUUUAAAAAGGGCUAACGCUUAAACUGAACGUUUUAGUUUACUUUGUUGUCACUAUAGUAAAAGUAUUAAAUUUAAGCAAACAAAAAAAAUUUUUUUUCUUAACUGUGCUUCAAUUACUUAAUAUUUUAUGUACAACUAUUAAGCGAGGUAAAUUGUGCAUACAUAUUGUAAGCGUUAACUAGCUUGUGUCGUUCAACUAUUUGCCUUCAAUGUUGUUACUACAAAUAAAGAUUAAUAGCAAAAAAUA